GCCAAAGAGGUCUUGGACUGGAAAAUAUGAUAAAAGGUAUCAUUUAGCCCACCACGAAACAUUCAUGCAGAACUUCAUCACCACACUCACUUUAAAACACUCUUUUAUCAACUUCUACUCGCUUCAUCUAGCUUAGAUCGACAAUCUCACCAUGCGUUUCGCCGCUGCCACCAUCGCUCUUCUGUUGGCCGUUGCCACAGCCACUCCUGUUCCUGAUGUGAACGAGGCGAACAUCGCCAAGGAGAUUGAAAGCAAGCCUAUCGUUGACCUUGGUCUCCUCCAGGCUCACGAGGCUCGCGAUGUCAACGUCGCCGAUGUCGUCGUAGCUAGAGCUGUCGAUGAGGUCGAGAACUCGCUGGAGCGCCGUGUUUGGCCUCACGACCACCAGAGUGCCAUUUUCAAGGCUGGAAACGGCUACUACAAGAGAAUCGUAACUGGCCUCAUCAUCAACGGAGUUAACGUUGCUGUGACCGCAUGGUUCAACGACAUUCACACCCUCUACUUGCAGUUUGAUGCUGCCUUCCCCAAUGCCCCUAACUUCGUCUCCGCUGGACUUGAGGAUGUCUCUACCGGUUUGGAGCGCGCCCCCUGGAGGAUCAGCUGGGACGAGAUUUACACCCUGGCCAUCAAGCCCGGUGAAAGGUUCCAGUUCGACAACUCCUUCGUCAUGUGGUGGAAAUAAGCGAGCUCCGAUUAAACUCCAAUGUAGGAACUCGUAGCAACAGUUACGCUCAUUGGGGCCAAGGGCACAACUCGUCAGCAGCAUGGUGUCUCGGCAAUUCUUAUCGCCGUGUCUCUCUGAACGGUUGAACAAGGCAUCGCGGGAUUGAUCCCGGUGCUAGUCACUAAUACCUGACAAAGGGGGUUUGUAGAGGGGGGAGGAAAAGAACGUUUUGCCAGUCAAUCCUUAUGUUUCAAUCAUUCUAUCCG